AUGAAUCAAUGGGCCAUACCUCGGACAAUAUGCUCUGUUUAUCAGAGCUGUUGCAAUGCCAGCCGUUGGGGUAUCCAAGGUAGGCAUUUCCUCAACUAUCAAGCCAAUAUUCAGUUACACUGUAGAAGAUUCCUCUGGGAUUACACUCGUCCUACAACUACGGUUAGAAUGAUGACGAUGGAUCGUUGGAUUGCAAGACAAAAGAUACCAAACUCCUUACGUAAAUGGACGACUACAGCUAAUCUUUAUUGCACAGAUGAGAACAAGUGCAAGGAUGUUCAAUCGACAAGACAAUCGCGUAACCAAUUUAGUGGCUAUCAGUUACUUUAUAAAUUACCUCGAAUGCAUUGGUUUCGAUUUGCGUCGCGAUUUAAAUUAUUCCAAGUUGGAUUCAUGUUAAGUCUUAGCAUUCCUUCGUGCUACUGGUAUACACAUCAAAUGAUAUCCAACCUGGUUUUUUGGACUACAAUUAGUACUGCAACCAGUACAACAGUCGCUUUGUUUGUUUUCAGUUAUUUUUUCCGUCGAAUUAUUGGCGAAUUAUGGAUUUCUGAUGAUGAUCAAGAAAUAAUCCUAUCAACUUUGACGUUUUGGGGAAAUAGACGUAAUAGACAUUAUCCUGUCGAAUCAGUUGUCUCAUGGAGCGACGGAAGAAUGGCCGCUCGAUUUCUCAAUGAUGAAAUCAUUCAAUAUUUAGAGAUUAAUGGAGCAAAAGAAGACUUUUAUUACAGUAUUCCAUAUGGAAAAAUAUAUGAUCAUCCGAGAUUUUUACAAGUUAUUGGAUAUGAAGAAAUCAAAGAAAUGGAUGAUAUCUAA